AUGGGACAAUUACCCGUCACAAGAGUAACGCCAUCACCACCAUUCUAUCACACUGGAGUCGACUAUGCCGGCCCACUAACAAUAAAAACGUGGAAGGGAAGAGGAGCAAAAACACACAAGGCAUGGAUAUGUGUCUUUUUAUGCUUCGCCACAUCAGCAGUACACUUAGAAGUGGUCAGCGACUACACAACAGACGGAUUCAUCGCAGCCUAUCGCCGAUUUUCCGCACGCAGAGGCAUACCUCACACACUACACUCAGACUGCGGCACUACCUUCCUAGGAGCAGACAAAGUCAUCAAGAAACUAUUGCUACAAGAGAUAACUACUCUACUAACUCAAAUCGAAGCUAUAUUGAACUCAAGACCACUAGAACCAUUAAGCGAUGACCCAGAAGACUGCUCUGGAUUAACACCAGGUCAUUUCCUCAUUGAAAACUCUCUAACAACAUUACCUGAACCAUCCUUAAAGGAUGUAAACGUCUCACACCUAAUACGAUGGCAAUUCAUACAGCAGCAAGUAGGAACAAUGGUUUUCAUUACAAGGGAGCACCUUCCACCUUGCAAAUGGCCUCUUGCCAAGGUGAUCAAGAUUCAUCCAGGACCAGACGACUUAUCCAGGGUCGUCAAACUAAAAACAGCACUACAAUGGUACAGCCUCCACUACAAUGGUAAGACCCAUCCAUAA